AUGGCUCAGAAAAUGACAAAAGGCAUACAAAAAAUAGAGGAUACAGAAGAAAAGAAGGGGCAAAGUCCCAACAACAACAGAUCGAAGAUAAGGGUGCAGCAGGCAGCGGUGGUGAGGGUGCAGCAGCAACACAAAACGACAGCGACAAAUAGUCAUAGAUUUUACGACGGUGCAAACCAAAACAGAGAUAGGACUAUAGGAGAAGUAGUCGAACUCAUGAACGCACAAAAUUCUCCAGAAGAUUAUCUUGAAGCUCACAACACAGCACGUGCAGAAGUUGGGGUUAAACCACUAAAAUGGGACGGGAGACUAGAAUCAUAUGCAUACCUGCACCUGAGUCAGAAAACCGAGCAUUGCAUACCGUUUCAAUCGGAUGGUCCUUAUGGUGAGAACACAGUGAGUGGUGUUAAAGCAACGGGAGCAUUCAGAAAGCUUACUGGAGUACAAGCUGUGGGCGUAUGGGUGGCACAGAAACAAUACUAUGACGAAAAAUCCAACUCAUGCAUUGGAGGUUACUGUGGUCACUAUAUGCAGGUUGUUUGGCGUGACACUACUCAUGUUGGUUGCGCUAGGGUCCAAUGCGACAAUGGAGCCUACAUGGUUUCUUGUAACUAUAGCCCUCCAGGAAAUUUGCGUGAUCAACGACCCUACUAA